AUGUCUAAUAUUCAAGUCUGGGGCUCCUUGCCCGAUGCCAGUCUCUUCAACUUUCCUCCCGCCAACCCCCCAGCGCCAAUCCCGCCUGCACAUGUUCCGACCUCUAUUCUGAGGCCCUUCAACAUCCCAGAUAACCUCUAUGUAUCUGCCCUGGAUGCCCGAGUCCCCAUAACCAUUGCGGUGGCCUAUGCCAUCACGGCGAAGCUGCUCAACAAGUACAACAAGGCACGAAAGAACAAGCCUUGGGGCAUCAGCAAGACACGCCCGUUCUUCUGGUUUGUCGUUCUGCACAACAUCUUCCUGGCCGUCUACUCUGCGUGGACUUUCUGGGGCAUGGUGGGCGUCAUGAAGAGGAGCUUUGUCAGUCCCUUUGGACCCGGCGGCGUUGCGGCGACGGCCGAUGCCUUCUGCCGUCCUCAGGGCCCUCGAGGGCUGGGCAACUCCAUCUACUUCAACGACACCACUGGUAGCUGGGAUACUGCCUCGCAGAGCACUGCCGCGUUUCUGCUGUCCAACAACGGCGUGCCCAGCACCACCGAGCCCGGCCGCAUGUGGAACGAGGGCCUCAACUACUACGGCUGGAUCUUCUACCUGAGCAAGUUCUACGAGGUCCUCGACACCUUCAUCAUCCUGGCCAAGGGCAAAUACAGCUCGACCCUGCAGACGUACCACCACGCCGGCGCCAUGAUGUGCAUGUGGGCGGGCAUGCGGUACAUGGCUGUCCCCAUCUGGAUCUUCUGCCUCUUCAACUCGUUUAUCCACUCAUUGAUGUACACCUACUACACUCUCACGGCCUUCUCCAUCCGAAUCCCUACCUUCAUGAAGCGUCUCCUGACGAGCAUGCAAAUCACCCAAUUCAUCAUCGGUGCCUCGUUCGCCAUGGUCCACUCCUUCAUCACCUACGUCGUUCCCAUCACCGUCACCCACGUCGUUACCGAAGAGACUCCCGCCACCCAGAGUGCGCCGAUCGACUACAUCAUCCCGACCGCCGUCAGCGCCCUGGAUUCGCUCAAGCAGCUCAUCUUUGGAGCUGGCGAGGUUGCCGGUAAAGCUGCGGCGGCUGCCCCCAACCUCAGCAAGACCACCACCGUCACGAAGACGUAUGAUCUUGUGCAGCCCUGCAUCCUCACCACCAGCGAGACGUUUGCCAUCUGGAUCAACGUUGUCUACCUGGCUCCUCUGACGUACCUCUUUGUCAGCUUCUUCAUCGCGAGCUACGUGAAGCGUAGCAACGCUGCCCAGAAGCUGAGCGGCCAGGCUGCUCGGGGCAUGAGUGACGAGGUUACGCUGGCUGAAAAGGCCGGCUGGGAAGCUGCCCGCAAUGUCGAGAGGGAGGUUUAUGGCGGCGAGCAGAAUGAAGAUGGAGCAAGCGGCAGCACCUCCGGUACGAGGAGCAAGCGGAGGGCUUAG